AUGGCAUAUAUAGAUCCACGGGCGGUAAGUGCUAACUGCAGGCAUGCGGCACAGGAUGGAGCAAUCUGGGAUAGCUGCUCAUGGCACAGUCACUGGCUCAAGGCAUUGUUAGCAUUGUAUGCAGUGUUAACGGCACUGCUUGCCGCACCAGCAACCACCGAACGAGCACGUACGUCUGGCGAUGGUGUUUAUGAUUCGGAACAAUCAUGCUGUUUGCUUAGUAAAUGCAGACAGCAGCAGUGCCGAUUUAAAAUUAUCAGGCGACUUGGAUCCGGUAGCUUUGGCAAAGUAUCACUUGCAUACGAUCGCGAAACUAACAGACAGGUUUCGUCCUGGAUUUCAUCCAACGUUUACCAGACAGUGAACAUUACCUAG